UACAUGCAUUGUAAGUGCGCGCGCAUAUCUCAUCUUCCAAAAGCUCUACCUUCGGGACUACCGCUCCUGCCCAUCGAGCACUCCCCGCGCAUGCCACGAGCAGGACGACCUCGGCGCCACCUGCGGCCCUUGCGCACCAUCGGCGCUCGUCGACGCGUUCCCCAACGCGUCAAACUUCCGACCACAUCAUAGACUCACUAAUCAGCACCUUCAGCGCGCUCAGCGAACACGGACGACGAUGGGGAACGCGAGCAAGAGUAUG